AUGAACCAGGAUUUCUGGGAUGUAUGGGCUGGGAGAGACUGGUACUACUCAAAAGAGACUGAAAGGAAUGCACAACUAUGCAAUGAACUGAGGCAGGAUUUGAAGGUUGUCACUGAACUUAGUCUCAGUUCCCACCUGAAAGAACACCAAGCACACUUGUUGCAUUGGGCCCAGCAGAGGAAAGACUGUGUGCGGCUGUGCUGUGUGAAGAUGAAGAUUUGUGACUCUCCAAUCGAGAUUAUCAAGGAGGUCUUGGACAUUUUCCCACCAGAUUAUAUCGAGGAAUUGGAGCUAUACACAAGCCAGGUGCAGCCCUUCCUUUGUCACAUCGCACCUCAUCUUGGCCGUAUGACAAGACUUCACAAAUUGAAUGUAAUUCACAUGGUCUUGAACAUACACACAGUCAAAAAUACCUUGGCGGAUAUAGAGAUGUUUCCUGUCCAGUUUCUCUCUCAUUUCUGCAACUUCAACUCCCUCAAGCAUCUUUCCAUUGAUGGCAUAUACUUCCUCCCGGGCCACAUGCAGGUUUUGUUUGGAUGCCUGAAAAGCCCAUUGGAGACCUUGAACAUCGCUCUCUGUCGUCUCUCCCAGUCAGACUUGAAACAGUUGUCACAGUGUCAGGGGCUCUGGCAACUGAAAAACCUGAAAUUCAGAAAUGUAGUUUUGUCCAGGUUGGGUGCCCCACAUCUCAGAGUUCUACUUGAGAAUACAGCAGACACUUUGCAGACCCUAGAGUUGGUGGAAUGCUGGAUGGAGGACUCUCAUUUCAGUGCCCUGUUGCCUGCCCUGAGCCUGUGCUCACAUCUCAACACUGUGAACUUCUGUGAUAACAAGAUUUCCACUGCAGUACUGAAGAAGCUUUUGCAGAGUGUGGCCAAUCUAAGCAACAUAAUUGUAGAGUUCUACCCCGCCCCACUAGAGUGCUAUGAUCCCCUGGGUUCUGUCCUGGUUGAGAAAUUUGCCCAGUUGUGUCCUGAGCUUCUGGAUAUACUUUGUGCCAAAAGGCAGCCCAACACAAUACGUUUUACUACAGACAUCUGCCUUGAAUGCUACAUGCCAUGUUUUUAUGACACUGAGGCCAGACUUUGCCAGUGCUGGCAAUAA